CAGCAAUCGAAACCCCAGCCAAUAACGGAUCUUUAUUUAUUUUUUCACUUCUGUUUCUGUGUAUCAACACUCGUCAUUUCAAUCCUCAAUUUCCGUAAAUUGCCACAUUCUUCAAAAGGGUAUUUUUAUCUUAUGCUGUAAUGGGAUUUUAUUAUUUUAACUAAAACUGUGUUUUCUCGUUCACGGCCCAUAAUUCUGAGCGGCCAUUAGGGGUGUGAGAAAUGGCGGAAGGGGGUGAGGAGGAUAAUUUACCGAGGGAUGCGAAAAUCGUGAAAGAAUUGCUAAAAUCGAUGGGUGUCCAUGAUUACGAGCCUCGGGUUAUAAACCAGUUCUUGGAGCUGUGGUAUAGGUAUGUUGUUGAUGUUUUAACAGAUGCACAGGUUUACUCGGAACAUGCCGGAAAGUCCACAAUCGAUUCCGAUGAUGUAAAGCUUUCUAUCCAAUCUAAAGUCAACUUUAGUUUCUCCCAGCCUCCUCCUCGAGAGGUGCUGUUGGAGUUAGCUAGGAGCAGAAAUAAGGUUCCGUUGCCAAAAUCGAUAGCAGGGCAUGGAAUCCCUCUGCCACCAGAAGAGGAUACGUUGAUCAGCCCGAAUUAUCAGCUUGCUAUUCCCAAGAGGCAAAUAAGCCAACCGGCUGAAGAGACUGAAGAGGAUGAAGAAGCAGGUGAUCCCAAUCCCAACCCUAAUCCCAAUCCUAGUCAAGAACAAAAAGACUUGCCUCACCGAGUUUCUUUUUCUGUUGCUGCUAAACAACCGAGAUAAAUGUUCUGUAAUCUUGUGUAUGGAAUCACAAAAUUUGUCCGUUGGCAAAAGAUUAUGUGUACAAGAUGCGUACUUGCGUACUGCAUAUGUUUUAUAGCUUGCAUUUACAGUAUUUUCUUAGAUAUUGAAGGGGUACAUGGAAAAUCUUGUUAACCCAGGUCUCAACAAAAAUCAAACUAUUGUUCUGGAGAUUCUUGCAAGCAUUUCAAUCAAUUGUAUUUGAAAGCAUGAAUGUAAUCUACAUUUUAAGAUGUACUUGGAUAGAUGGAUUUGGGGUUAUGGAUUACAUAUUCUAAAGUUUCAAUCAAUGACAAUGGAAAUUGGAUGAUUUCGAAA